ACAUCGCCUGUGCUCCUUGAGGAGUGACGAUACCAUGGAACCGGAGCCAUGACUGAGGCUGAUGUAAAUCUGAAAGCCUACCCUCUUGCAGAUGCCCACCUCACCAAGAAACUAUUGGACCUCGUUCAGCAGUCAUGUAACUACAAGCAGCUUCACAAAAGAGCCAAUGAGGCCACCAAAACCCUCAAGAGAGGCAUCUCUGAGUUCAUUGUGAUGGCUGCAGACACCGAGCCCCUGGAGAUCAUCCUGCGCCUCCCACUGCUGUGUGAGGACAAGAAUGUGCCCUACGUGUUUGUGCGCUCCAAGCAGGCCCUGGGGCGAGCCUGUGGGGUCUCCAGGCCUGUCAUCGUCUGUUCUGUCACCAUCAAAGAAGGCUCACAAAUGAAGCAGCAGAUCCAGUCCAUCCAGCAGUCCACUGAAAGGUUCUUAGUCUAAACAGGUGGCCUCUGCCACACUCCCUGCUGACUGCUACCCCACGGGUUAUGUAUCAUUUGUCUGUUAGCAUAUAGUAUUUUGAGCUACCUUGUAUUGUUAUAAAAUAUUAUAGU